GGUUUUCAGCCUCGAUUGCUCUUGCAAGCGGGGCUAUAUAGGCACAGCCGGCCCUCGCCUGCAAGCUUUGAGCGCUUAAAGCAAGCAGCAACACAGGGCGCAGGCAUAACUCGGCUUCGCGGCAACCUGCAAGCAGCACAAGGAGCAACCAGCAAGCGUCACGCCAGCCGAAGCACAAGACGCCGUCGCCGCAACACGAUGGUCCUCACGACGCUCGUGCGCCGGUCCGCCGCCUGCGUUUCGUUGGCCGUCGCGCAAGCUUUACACACGCGCUGCGACCGCGGCGUGCGGUUCGGCGUCGUCGCCGACGUGCAGUAUUGCGACAUCGACGACGCGCGGAACUUCGCGGGCACGGAGGUGAGGUUCUAUCGAGGCUCGCUCGACGGCGCACGUAGAGCAGCCCGAGGUUUUGAAGAGGCGCGCUUGGGGCGCGGCCUCGACUUCGUCGCGCAGCUCGGGGACCUCAUUGACGGCCAGAACGCGGGCGGCUACGGCGCCCUCAAAGGUAAAAAACCACGUUCUAAAAAAGCACUCGAUGAAGUCCUGGAGGCGCUCGGCGCGUGUCCCGUGACGCACUACCACUGCGUCGGCAAUCACGAACUCUACAACUUCGAGCCCGAUCAGCUUGUGGAGGGUCCUCUCAACGCCAACAACCAUGUCAUCGCUUCGGGUAAGCUGUACCACGCCUUCGUGCAUGAUGGCUGGACUUUUAUCGUGCUAAAUCCGUACGAGGCGUCGUCGUCAUUGCCGAAGCACACGCACGGCUAUAAAGCGGCGGCGAAAGUACUAACAGAGAAGAACCCGAACCCCGUGUUAUCAGAUGAACCCUGCAACUUUUUUGAAGGGUUGGCGGGCGAGGGGAUGCGGUUCGUGCCGUUCAACGGCGCCGUCGGUGAAACGCAGAGGAAGUGGCUGGCGGAGGUGCUGUCGAAGGCACCGGGCCCCUGCGUCGUCUUCUCGCACCUGCCGCUCUUCCACGAGAGCUGCUCGUGGCGGAACGUGGCCUGGGACAGCCCCGAGGUGCUCGAGGUGCUGCGGGAGGCGGGCAACGUCGUCGCCGUUGUUGCCGGGCAUUCGCAUUCGGGGGGCUAUGCCCUCGAUGAUCAUGGGAUCCACCAUGUGGUGGUGGAGGCGACGCUGACGCACGAGACGGCGUUUGGGAUCUGCGAGUGCCUCGGUGACGGGUCCAUCACCAUCGCGGGGGAGGGGUCCGUGCCG